AUGGACGACUGGACGUCGAAACAGCUCCCUGAGCGCCUUCCCUUCUCCAAGAAGCGCCUUCCCAAGAAGGUCAUCUUCUCAUAUAUUGGCGACUACCUCAUCAUACUUGUUCUCAUGAUAACCUUCACGAUUGUCGACAAGAUCCCGCCCUUCCACCAGCACUUCGCCCUCGAAAACUACACCCUGCACUACCCAUUCGCCGAACAUGAGCGCGUACCCGUCCCGUGGCUAUGCGUCUACGUUAUCCUCGCUCCCGCUGCCGUCAUCGCACUCUACACCAUGGUCAUCGAUGGGCUCUUCUCACACCAGACGACAAUGCCCGCAGGUAGGGCUGGCAUCAAGCGCCUAUCAGGGAGAUAUCGAUUCAAGGAUCGGUUGUGGGAAUUGAACUGUGGCAUCCUUGGCCUUGGCUUGAGCAUUGGCGCCGCCUUCACCAUCACGGGAGCGUUGAAGAACGCCAUUGGCAAGCCGCGGCCGGAUCUGAUCAGCCGCUGCCUCGUCGAUGAAGCCAAGGUCAACCGUGCAAACUACGCAUUACAAACCAUCGACAUCUGCACGCAGACCGACAAUUACAUUCUACAAGAUGGCUUCAAGAGCUUCCCCUCUGGGCACAGCAGCGUCUCCUUCGCCGGUCUCUUCUACCUCUCCAUUUACCUCGCCGGAAAGCUCCACGUACUCGAUGCUAAGGGCGAGGUCUGGAGAUCAUUCCUCGUCAUGGUUCCUGCACUUGGAGCUGCUCUGAUCACAGGAACCCGCAUUAUGGAUGCCCGUCACCACCCAUUCGACGUCCUGUCCGGCGCCCUACUCGGCAUACUCGUAUCCUGGGGCUCCUACCGCCAAUACUUCCCUCCUGUUUCCGAGACAUGGCGCAAGGGACGCGCAUACCCAAUCCGAGCUUGGGGCCAGGCAUCACGCGCACCGCCGCAGCCCACGAUCAUGGUGGAUGAGGAUGUACAACCGCUGCAGCGCAUGGCCAAGCCAGCGGACGAGGAACGCGGAGAAGCGUCUGGUUACUCGUCUACAACGGCCGUGCCUGAAGGUAGCGGCGACCACACGGGCAACGUCUUCCGCCAACAGAUUCACAACUCGCAACGCCGACGCCAGGAAUCAGGAUCGCAGUAUGGCGUUGAUCGCAGCGAUACAGCGGCAUCAAGCAACUACCGAACCGGCACGAUGGGGUCCACCAUGACGUCGAAGGUGCACACAUACCAGAACCAGUUGCCGGCUACGAAUCCCUUCGCAGUAGAUGUUGCGCGCCAACGUCAAAUGGACACCUACGAUUAUUCGUCUUCAGAAGAUGACGACAACUACGAGUUGCAAGCAAGGACUGGCGUGUACAACCCAGUAUCUGGGAGGUUGACAGACACUGGAUACCACCCGCCAGUGGGCCUCUCCCCAGUACCCACACCACCGCCUCCAGUCAAUACCAUCAUACCAAACCAGCAGAGGACGAUGUCGCCUACGGGAGAUUUGGCGGAUAGCAGAGGCGCUCCACCAAUGCCACCCCCACAUGCUAUAAGUACGGCGCCUCAGCAGAUUUGA